AUGUCCGUUCAUGUUGAACCCGGCCUUGCGCUGGUGGACAGCAGUUCACUUCCAGUCAAACGUGUUCCCCGCUCUAAAGGUAUGCUCAUGGUCUCUGACUUGCUUUCAAAGUGCUAACAAACGGGAAAUUCUCCUUUUCCGUCAUUGUAUUUUCGGUACACUGAGUAGGGAAUUUAAUGAUUUUAACAAAUAUCAAUCGUUUGCGGGUUUUGCUCGAAAAUGUUAAAGAGAACAAGUACUUCCUACCUACUUAGAGUCAACAGCUAACGACCGGGCAGAUUGACUUAUCUGUUUGCUUUCGCCUUUUAAAGCCGAGUUCCUACAAAAGAUGCUUCAUUUCCAACACCAGACACCGGCAAACGGACGGCUCCUGAAGAUUGCAGUUGUCGGCUAUCCCAACUCUGGCAAGUCCUCCCUAGUCAACAUGUUGACAAAGUGGCGGACAUGUGCCGUGUCAGGACGGGCGCAUACCACGCGAUCGAAGCAGACAGUCGUCUAUACGACAGACUCGGUGCAGUUGGUCAGUUUAUUCCACAAUAUCAUUCAUUUUCUUGGUGGGAUUUAAUAUUUACCGAAGCUCUGCAGAGCCUAAAAGUGCCCCACGGAGUGAACAUAGCACCGGCUCUGGUGCAAGGCAAUGCCAAGACGACAGGUGGGCGGAGGCGCAGCGUCACUCGCCGCCCGUCUACGCGUGCCACACACGCUACCGAGCUCGAUUGCGGAUGCCUGAGAGUAUCAUAGUGUCCUGCGAAGGACCCGGUUGUAUCGCCAGUUGACAGCAUUCCAUCUACUGCGAACCCUUGACUAUUUACGCGUCCAAAUUUUAUUGUAAUGAGGGAUUUGCUGAUGUGUCACGGGGGGUGGAUUCCCUAAUGUCGGCCUCACACGUUCUCCUCCCUCUCCCAUGUACCAAUCGUUCGCCCAAACCUGGGAUUGGGCACAGUCGCUGACGCAACGUGAAGGUCUACGUCUAAGGUGUGCCUCUACACGCCUUUAUGUGUGCCAGUAAGUAUGGGUUCGCGCAGCCCAUUCCAGGGUUAUUUAUUAAAUAGUAACAACAUCACUACAAUGCAUGUAUCUUUUUUGCCAGGUGCUGCGAGAAGCAUUUAAAGUCUCGGGUUUUGGCAGGGAAGACAGAUUAUUAGCCAUUCGACUGCGCUGAACCCGGCACUUGGGUGCGCGCUGACAGUAAGGUAAGGGCUACAGAGCCUGCCUGCACGGGAGUAGCUUAUGCAUCUUCGCAGCCCAAACCACGGGACUUAAAUUCAACAGGAUAUGUAAGCACGUUAGCCUGCUAAUAGACUUCGGGAUUAGCCACGCAACGGAACACUACAACUUUACGAUAUGGGUCUAUUUGGCAGGGCGGUUUAAUCAACUUUGCAACUUUACAGUAUUGGUCUAUUUGACAGGCUAGUCUAAUCAGGCAACUACGCAAUUCAGUACCUUACCUCGCCUACACAAUCAGCUUCCGAGCUGGGCAAGUUUGACAACUAUAUGAUGAGAAAAUUUGUGUGCAUCUGGGUUCGCGAGAUCCUCUGAGGUAAAAAAAAUUCCACUGAGAUAGUAGCAGAGAUUAACUGAAGUGGACUAGGACAGCUGAACCAAUUGUCGCUAAAUACUUAUUCUAACUCCCGUCUGCUAACGGUUACCGGGUAAACACUUGCGGCCGAACAAUAAAACGAGUUCAUCCUAACUUACCAUCCAGAUCGGGGUGUUCUCAUUCCAUUGCGAACAAUUUAAGACACUUUAUGAAGCUUAGGACGCCUAUUGAUCCACACUUUCAAUCACCCUGGCAUGCUUUUCUUUCAUAUUGUAGGCGUUCGUUGACCUUCCCGGAAUCGUGUCACUCGGACAAGCCAGACAGUAAGUAUUUCACGUGAGCUCAAAGUUGCAUUUAAAUACAGACGACGAUUGUUUUUUUGCGUCUUAAACUGUUAUUAUCUCAGACAGAACUCUCCUUCUCUCAUUCUUAGGUUCAAACUAGAAAAGACCUUCUUUCGGGACCCGCAUGCUGCAAUCUUUGACUGUGACUUAAGUAAGGUGGGAUUCUUCACCUUCGCCCUCUUAACUGUAGCGUUUAGUUCUAAUUCUUGUGGACUCAGCCAACAAGUAUGCUCGGCAAGCACUACAUCCUGAAAUUGUCAAGACGCUGCACUUCUUCAAAGAUAAAGAAUCCAUCCUAGUCCUUAACAAGGUAAGUACCUACAGAGCCGUCCUGUUCUCGUCUUUGGUCUGCACCAAACGCUCAUUAAUUCUCGGGCAAUGCCUACUGUUUCCGUUUAAGUAGUUCUUAUUUUCCGAUCGUCAGGCGAGACGCAAACAUUCCUUGCCGGAGUGAAGUCCCCGACCUAAACUGUCCUGGCAUUAGACCCCUAUCUACGGGUUCUACUACACGACUGGUCCUCCCCUCGUAACUGAACCAUACCUCGCACACAUGUUUGUCGGUCCUGCAUAGACACACUGGUCGUUCUCAUCUUGUUUCGCUUGCCGCCGAAGCGAUGCAUUGAUGGCAGUUGCCUGAAGCGCGUCAUGGCAGCUGGGUGUCAGGUGAGGCCAUGGUCAUAAUGGAGUGCACACCUCAUUAAGCGAGGCCCUCAGUGGGACUGUCGAUCGAUCAAAGUGACAAUCCCUCCCUGGGCACCUCACACACUGGCAUUUGGCCCGUCGUACGUGAUCGCAGCGGUGCUCCUAACAUCCCUAGUCAGUCAACUGCUCACGCUGCACGUGACGUGACCCCAGUGUAGCAAUAGCUUGACGCCAAUUGGUGUUACGCCCUCUUCUGAUUGGUCGCUGGCGGACAGAUCUCAGGCAAACGUACGCGGUUCAUGCAGGAGCCAACAAGAACGGCUGGCAUUGGGUUUGUUAGAACAAUUGCUACCAUUGUCUGCCAAACCGCUUGUAGGGGUUGUCCAGCUGACUAAGUCUGCGUUACCUUCGAAUUGGGCAUUUCCUCAUUAUCCACCAAUCUAACUCGACGUGUCACUAACACGCAACCCUCUGACUCUACAGGUGCUUGUAGCCUGGGUGAUGGGUGAAGUAUUCAUUUUGUGAAAACAUUUGAGCUCAGCCUUUGUGCCUUUACGCGGGUGCUGUGCCGACGGUACCGCCUGAGAGGGCGAUGCAGUCGGUAACCCGCAACAGAGUAAAAUCCUGUAAAUGUCGACCGAUUUAGCCAAGUGUGCUUUGAAUUCGAAGUUUAAAAGGUUGACUUUUAGGCUGAUAUAUGGAUGGGGGGGGGGGUAUAGUUGCUAAACAGGGGCCGGCUAAUUUUCCAUCCACGUCGGAUGAUUUCGCUCAGACCAAAGGCAUGCCCAUGUGAUCGUCGCUGCCUUUUUAAUUAAGUACAAGGAUCUGUAUUUUCAUAUGGAAAGCCAGCCAAGGGCCCCCUCCUCCGGCUUAUUGUACAGAAAAUCGCGUUUUCUCAUGAGGUACAGCCAUUUUAAAUAACGGCAAGAAAAUAAAAUCCCGCGUUCCUCCAUUACGAAACAACUGCUUGAUAAUGGUCACUCCGUCGACCCCAAAACUUCCUUCCGAGUACUUGUUCGGGCACGAACAACUCGGCGGUCUACAUACCACGAGUGAAAUCAGAUCUUUGUAAACAGUUUGAACACGUUGUUAACCUAACAUUGCCAUGGUAGCCUCUAGCUCCAUGAUUUCGCCUUCCUCUCUCCCUCUUUUGCUCGUUAACGCUCCCCUUUUUUCACCUUUUCCCCUACGGUGUUUGAGUUACUAACUUUAUCGAUUAGCCAGCUUUACCCAAAAACAUGACCUUUCUGUUUCUUCAAUUCAAAUCUGUUGUAUUCUUCCCACGCGUUAUCCAUGUCAUGAAGCGACAGGACGCAGCUGACGAGCCGUCGCGAAUUUUUUUGGUACCAUUAAAGCCUGCCUUGCUUGCUUACUUCAGCAUCGUACCGGGGACAAAAUGCUUCAAAUUCCUGUUGGUUUGUUGUUGAUCGCUCCAACGCAUUUGCUCCGUCCUAUCUACUUUGCUACAUCGACUGCUGAUGGCUGUGCUGACGUACGCCCACCUUUUUGUCCCUAGAUCGAUCAAGCUAAGGGCAACCCGACUCGUCUGCUGGAUGUAUCCAGGCGUCUGACGAGAGGUGUGGUGAGUGGUCGCAUCUCGCAUGCAGAUGCCUACGAAAACCGCUACAUCCAUCGCGCGGAAUUAGCCGCCAGGCAAAACGCCAUGCCACGUCUAGAGCCCAGCGAAGUCAUCACUCUACGCCUACCAGCAGUCGCUAUUGAAGCGGCAAACCGGCGACUGGCCGAGGUUGCUGCUAUCCGCCAAAUGCUGAAUCCGCCCUUUCAGGUGGAGCGCCUCGGUGAGCCGCGCUCUCCGACUCCCCUCUCCUUACCUCACUCGGCAGGAGCUAGCCCCCCUACACUUCGGCUCGAGGUCGGCGCCGACCCCCAACCAGGUGAGCUGACGCAAGACCUCAGUGGCCGCCAUCAGCAUCAACUCGACACAGAGUCGGCGGGACUGGAGAAGUCUGAAACCUGCACGCUGAAUGUAAUAACCUCUUCCGCGGUGUCCUGUGAUACUGAUGCUCCUGUGUCCACUGACUCUGCAGCCCUCUCUUCUGCGAGAAUUUCCCCAAACGCGCCAGAGACGAGGAAAGAAGUUGGAACGAGGACGGAAGAACCUGAAGAGGGUACUUUGCAAUAGCUGUUUGACCUUACUUCGCUCAUGUUUGGCUUGCCAUGAAAAUUGCUUCGAAGUCUGGAAACACCUGCUGCGAGCACCGAUAACCGACACAACUCUACAAUGCAGUACUACAAAGUGCUUAGGGUCAACGUUUUUAGGCGCUUAUAUGCUCAACUUUUAAGCCAUCCUUCUGCUUGAAUUAUUUCAGAGAGGACAUUCGUCGGCAUUAGGGUAACCUAGGUUGUCUAUCUACCGACAUUGUCACUGUGUUUUGCGCCCAAAAAUCAGAGCCUGCUAAGCCUGUAGCUGCUCUGAUUUCUUAAAAACUGUGUGCUUUUUCACGAAUGAUCUCGUGUGAUCUGCUCGAACCAAAAACAGCGUCCGAUUGUGCGGAUGGUAUAUUUACGUCCACAUUUCUUGGUUAACUUACUGCCCGCUCCCAGAGACCUAGCGGACUAGCGCGUAGACCUAGCUCGGGACUUUCAUUAGCAUAAGAGAUUGCCCAGGUGUGGUGAGAUAUCGAUGAUUUCUACGUGGUAAGUUGACGUUGCAUGCAUCGCAUUAGGCCAGUUAAUAUUAAUUCAGCGCAUAUAUGUUACACCUGAGCUACCAUUUUGGAUUUCUGUAAUCAAGCGUAGUAAGAUCUGCCACGGGCACUGCCCCCCUGCUAGAACCCUGCGUUUUCCGCGGUCUCGAGUCCGCACCUCAGCCCCCAGUACCACAUGUUGCUCGUUAACAAAAGUACGUUUCUAUUAAUUGCUUUUAAAAAUCCUUCAUUUGUUGGAAGAUGUGCGCUGCGUAAUGUGCAGGCUUUACGUGAAGCGUUUUUGGAUUUCACAAGAAUUACCGGUAGUUCCUUGUCGUAGUCGACGGUGAUAGCAAAUACGUGAUCUGACUAUAUCGGGGAGGAAUUUUACAGAACUGGUCUUGAUCAUUCCUCACGCACCCACCCCAUAGGAAAAGGUCAGACCAGGCCCACACAUGCUGGUCCCUCAGUAGCCCAGAUGUCAUAUUAGUGAUGGCUGCCAUAAAAACCUUAUUACUAACUAUCCACUACGAUGUGACGCACCGUGCGAGGGGUCGAAUUGCCCCGACUGUCAAUAAUCUUCUGGGGAGAGACCUUUAAUAUGCAGUUGUAAUUCUAGAACGCAUAGAAUUUGCAGUGACAAUAACCACAGGGGUAAUUCGCCCAUCGAAAGUGACGAGAGCUACCACGGUUUCAGAUAGGGCUCGGCGUUGACAUACACGUGAGUCUGUUUAUAGUGAAGCGGACUUUCGAAGCACCUACUUCACCCCUCCCACUCCCGCUGCAUUCUGAUGGCAAGACGAGGUCAAGGCAACUGAUAACAUGCAUGGAUGCAGGGGUUGAGACCACGUCUAUGCGUGCCACACACAUGCCGGGCCCUGACUUCGUGUUGGUCGGCUUUCUAGGUGGAAGUCUCUGAUCCCUCAUGAAUGGGAGUGUCACAGAGACCACAUUUUGAGAGGCCUGUUGCAUCCAUACCCUCAAUCUGCUCCGGGGGGGGGGACGGGUUAUUCUGCCAGCUGCCAUCUGUCCAAGCCACAAUGCUUACCACGGACAAUUUAAAGACAUAUUUGGUCGACGAUAGCGAGAAAAAUAAGCGUCGGAUCAGAAUCGAAUUGAACCCACAUUCUCUCCCCCUUCCACGCCAGCAGCAAGCCUGAGUCAGACCGCCUAAAGGUGGGGUUUACCACAAUGGCCGACGUGACAUGAAGCCUCCGUCCAAAGAGUGUCACACGCAAACACUGCCCGUCAUUACAGAAUUUGGCAGACAUCAUCGUGUCGCGCACUGGCUGGUCUCCGAACUCAAGCGGAAUCGGAUACAAGCGAAAAAGCAUGCCUCAGAAAACUGUUGAGAAGAGUUAGGCACGAUCGCGCAUCCAUCCCCGUUAAUUUGAACCCUAAUUCACUGCCUCAAAUCUUACAUUUGUGCGAGUUGUCAUAGCGCAAACCUAAGAGGGAGGCGUUGUUAUUCGAUCGUCGGUUUCUGAGAACUGAGGUAAAAUGCGCAUUACUAACGAACCCCAACGGGUGUACAAUUACUCAAUAUUUCAGAUAUUCGGACUUCGAAGGAUUUAAUUUGGGAAGACCUAACUCGGCGGCGAAUGUUUCGCGCAUUCUUCGCAAGCACAUUUUGCUCUCAUAGCAGGUGGAGUUUUUGUGAUAAUAGUCAUCUUUAAAGAAACAGUGCUGAUAGUGAGAAUUUGCGGAAUGGAAUGCUCUCCCGAAGCUCUACUCCUGCCCAAGCCAAACAAAUUCUACAGCAAUGCAUCAUUCACGAAUCCAGGUCUCUGUGAACACGUACAUUUACCAUGGCCAAACCGACUUCCUGCACAGUUCCGACUGUAAAGACAGAAAGCAUGUCACAGCAGCUGACGGCCUGCGCCCUCCCUCUUUCUCCAACAACCCAUGCAAUCUCAUUUGGCUUCUUUCAUGCUUGCGACGACGCCCGCCCCAUCCCCCGAGGAGUGAGCAUAGCGGUGGCUUGUGCGUGAAUUAGCCUAUGGUGAGACGGACUUGCAGAGCGCCUGCUGCACCGCCUUCAAGACAGGACAAUGUAGAGAUGACCUGAGGCAGGGAUGGGCAGUGACUGACGGAGUUAUGUGUUCCAUCUAAGCGUGCCGCAUAUAUCCUGGUUUCAUCGCCCCCAACCUUAUUGUAUAUUCAUAUGAUGGGGUUGUUCGUGUUUAGUCGGGGGCGUGCGCCCGCCCACACUGGUAAAAAGGUCUAAAAGCCCUUACUAUGCCUGUAUCAACAAACAAUGGCCCUCGCAGCCUGGUAUGCACUGGCAGUUCCCUGACACCUGGUUUCCUGCCAGUAGAUGCGCUUGUGUUCACGUCGGGUAUACAGGUGGCGGGCAUGGCUACCCAGUCAUCAUCCUCGUCCUUCUCACCCCGGUUGGGGUGUUUUUGUUGUUGGUGGUGAAAAAUCCUGGUCAAGUGUAUGUUUUUGAGCAAGGGUUGCGGGAGCAUGCCUAAGCUCGGGACCGGCCGUGCCAGCCACCUGCGCCUUCCUCCACCUCCGGUUUUCUUGACUCUGUCUCGACACCGGGUCCAGGUGGGGAGUGGGGAAAAGAGAGUGCGGUAGAUGCUGCGCAAGUCUACAUUCACUAUGAACUAAAUCACGCGCAAAUCACCGUCCCUGCUUCACCCUGCUGUGGAGCCCACGGCAGACGCCGUCGGUAACGACGGUCGAACACUGGAUUCGUUCGCUCUGAAUGCGAUCUUACUUAGAACGUACGCUCCCACUACCCAUUGCUUUUUCUUUUCACCACGUUCACUGUUAACCAUUAUAAGCGAGUGUAUUCACCACGCUGUCUGUCUAUUCUACAGUUUAACAUUUCCUUUUUUAGUCGCCAGUGGUGAAACGGUCAUGCCAAAGCAGGAUCGCCAGGUAACCGACGUUGAACGUCAGAGCAUUGAGGAGUACUUCAUGGAGUACAGCCCCAAACCGCCCGCCCCAGCCCCAGCUUCGAAGGAGAGCGCGACCGCCGUCGCCCCCACCGAGGACACCUAUCUGGACUCGAUUGUUGAGCAGCUAAAACAACAACUGCUGCUACAGUCAGCCAGCAAGGAGGAGGUUGAACUCAGGAAGCGUCGUUGGCGGCAGCUGGCCGUAGAACUGCAGGGCGUGGAACAUUGGGAGGGCUUCAGUGAGGUAUUCAUGGUCUCUUCCGUUACUGGUGAGGGGAUUGACAAACUGAGGGUAAGCUUUACAUCUCCAUUUCUUGUCCCUGAGCGACUCUGCAAAGUCGAUUAGUGACACCUUACUGAUGUAACUGCAAACUGGUGGUUAGCAGUACUAAAUACCGUCCACACGCCUUCGCAUGCUUGGUAAUGCACUACCAAAGUUUCCUACUCUAUGGUUUUCAUGAUUUCAUACUUUUUCACAUUUCCUGGUAAUGACUGCAGGAUUAUCUUCCACGUGUAUCGGCGCUACAGGCUACACAGUUCAUAGGACCGCUCCCAUAAAUAUAGUGCAUGCGUAUUUGCUACUUAUAUCGCUCAGGUAGAUUGAAUUAAUUAGGCGCAUGUUUUUGUGUUUUUUGUUUUGGAAGGCUUACACUACAAUUAGCAUGUUGUUCAUAUCAGCGGCUUUAAGAGCCCACAUAAAUAGGCCGGGCGAUUUUUGUUUACACGCUUUCCGGCGAGUGACAACUAUCCUACAUUUGGAUUACACUCACUGUUAACCUGUAAUCACUGCAUUAGCUUUAGCGCUUUACAUGCAAAUAUGAACUGACUUUGAGUCGACACACAGUCAGCCCAGUUACCACCGUCCACCGUUUGGAGUGUUUUAAGUCAAAUUAUGAUUGUACCCACUGCAUGAGCCUAUUCAACUACAUACGCCUCCAUAAAAAACUUUCAGUAGAUCACUGCAGACAUGAUCAUAUCACCACACACAUUCCCUCAUCAGCACAUGUACCACGCAUACACCCCUCCAACAUCCCACAUCACCAGCACUUCUCACGUAAAUGGGAAGUGUGCUUUUCGGCUCCUUUCUAUGUGAGACCCGAGCCUUUCCACCUCGCCUCCACUGUCCCCAUUGCCCUCGCACAUUCAUGCACAGCAUGGGUCUAUUCAGCCUUAUGUACAUCCACGAAAACCUGCGGUAGACAACUGCCGGCUGCACCACACCACCACAUCCUCCCUCACCGCUCACCAACACCACCCACUGCAAGCACUCAACUAACACCUCCCACGCAAGUGGGAAUCGUAUGCCUCGGCUCGGUCUCCGUGCGGAUCUUGUUUCAGGAGUAACUCGAGCCUGAGACUAUCCCGACGCGUCAAGCGCCGUGGAUAGGAAGGUUGCUGAUUGACGCCUCAACACAGUCCACGCAGUCCAUCCAGUUGAGUGUGUUUGGGUGGACUGGUGGCCGGGCCGAUACAGCCCCUUCCACGGCACUCUCACACAUGCGAGAGAUACGCCGCUCAACCCCCCCGUUGUGUGUUUAAUUCUGCUGUGUGCGUUUGGGGGGUCAGGUCAUGCAUGUGGCUCGCGCCGGACGGACGCUCUAGCUCUAUCAGCCACGCCGCCCACUUCCACGUAUAUCGGCGCUACAGGCUACACAGUUCAUGAGACCGCUCCCACAAAUAUAGUGCAUGCACAUUUGCUACUUAUUUUGCUCCGGUAGGCUGAAUUAAUUAGGCGCAUGUCUAGCUCUAUCAGCUACGCCGCCCACUACCGGCUUCAGACAUCUGACCUGCUCGGACAGUGGACUGGUGCCUGGAAGUGGGAAGAGAGAGAGAGUAAGGUCGACGCCUCACUAUGAACAAUCUGACGCGCUUGAAGCUAUCAGGGCGCGGUAAAAGCCGUGGCUUGGAAGGUUACCAACUGACGAGAUAACUCGGACCCCGCAGUCAGCCCAGGCCGACCGCAACGGCUCCUUAAUGGGGCCUUUAUGGCACUCCUUCUCCGUGGGGGAUCCGAGUGGGGUGUGGCGGCACGCCUAGGGGCGGCUCCGGCCGCGCCAGCCACCUGCGCCCUCUCCCACUUCCAGCUUUCUUGACUUGUUCAUGACACCGGACCCAGGCGGGGGAGACGUAGAGAGUGCGUUGGGUGCUGCACAAGUCGCCGUCCCUGCUGCCGAGCACAUAGCGUCGAAAUCGACGGUCGAGCUGUCAUAGCCGCACUAGUGGCUUUUGUUGGCAGGCUUCUUUUCUUUUAAAUGGUAGUUAAGUCGGUGGCUUUUGUAUUGUAUUGUAUUUUAGGGUAAUAGGCAAUGCCCUUGAUGACCCUAUUGAAAACGGUACAUAAAAUAUAAAUGUUAAAUGUACAUCUUACUAAAAUUUUGUCAGUAACAUAUUUGUUCACGGAAAACUUUCACAAUGCGGGACUGCUAAGCGUGCGGCAGGCGGUCUUCUCAGUGUACACAUGAAAUUUUAAGUGCAGUUAUAUACAAUCACCAUAAAGUGCAGUCAUUUGCAUAGUUUGAGAGGGGGCAUCUCAUUAAGAGUCAGGGGUGUGUUAAGUAGGGAUGAAAUCAAGAAAUGAAAUUUAUGGCCAGUGCUGCUCCCGCAUAUGUAGCAAAUGGCGAUUUCGCAUUUUCGUAUGUCACCUUUAAAGUUAACUGUUGAGAAAACUGACUGGAUGCUUGGAUAGAUUGCAUUCAAUUGGUGUGGCGAAACCGUGGCCGCCAAUGGCGAUGUAGCAUUUUUGUAUGUCACCUUUAAAGUUGGCUGUUGAACAAAACUGACCAGGUACUCGGGUAGAUUGCAUUCAUUUGGUGUGUGACUUUGAGAAUUGAAUACUGCGCCCAAGCUGACAGUUAUGAUUCAUAAGCCAUGGCGACUGAUGUGGAACCGCAAAAUUUGCACUUCUGCGGGCACUUCUGACUGCCGCCACUUUAUUCCCUCCAUUCAAAUAACCUAUUUCUAUCGUUUUCUUAUCCCAGGUUGGUUGGGGUAGGAUAAUAAUAAGCAAGUUUAGGUCAAGAGGGCUAAUUCGCUGAGCGACGAUGAUGACGAUUUUUUUUGCUGUUGUUAACCGUCUUCCUUGCUAGAACUGUCUACCCGUUUUGUCAAGACUACCUGUUGCAUUCUCCUAUGUCACCUUCGAAGUUGGCUGUUAAGAAAAACUGACUAGAUGCUCGGAUAGAUUGCAUUCAAUUGGUGUGUGGCUUUGUAAAUUGAAUACUGCUCUCAAGUUGGCAGGUAUGAUUCAUGUGCCGCGGACACCUACGCGGAACUGCAAAAUUUGCACGGCAAGAUCUUAUCUCAUAGCCGUACCUGUUAGGCGUUAGGGGUUGGGGUUAGAGGUUAGGAUUAGGGGUUAAAGUUGGGAGUUGGGGUUAGGUUGGGGCUUGUCUACUGCAGGUAUGGCCACGAAAUAAGAUAUAACAAUUUGCACUUCUGUGGGCACUUCGUUGUAUAGACUGCCGCCAUUUUAUUCCCUCCACUCAAAUAACUUAUUUCUACCGUUUUAUUAUCCUAGGUUGGUUGAGGUAGGGUAAUAAUAAGCAAGUUUAGGUCAAGAGGGUUAAUUCCCUGAGCAACGGAUGGUGACGUCUUCCUUGCUAGAACCGUCUAUCUGAAAUUGUCCAACUUUUACGCCUGCUUUAUUAGGACUACCUGUUGGGACGUGCGAAGCCGGGCCGCCCCUGGGUCCUGUCUCCAGCCCUCUUGACCGAUCAGGAGCCGACAGAGCUGGUGAAGAUGUGCGUUCGGGCCCACUGUCUGGAAAAGCUACCACAGGAGGUACCCUACGCCCUCUCCUUCAUCGUGGACGACUGCGAACGUGCCCGCCUGGAGGGCGAAGGCGAUGAUCGUAUGUAUGUGCAUGCGCGCAUUCUCUGCCGCAACGAGCGCCAGCUGGUAAGUUACACCACUGCCGAUACCGAGUUCCGCUUUCGCUCUUGAGGUCAGAGUUGUACUCACUGUUGAAUACACUUUGCUCAUCGGUGAGAAAAUAGUCGUUAGACGAGAAGCGUGUAUAUUUACAGCUUAACCUCACAAGUACUGGGUUCGACCACCCCUCUUUGGGGACUGGAUUAUUAUUCGCAUAAUUGGCGAGCAGGGCAAAACACCAGCUAUGCAUCAACCGUCGAUAGUUUAAUCCUCACGGGCGACGAUACCCACCGCUUGCCCCAUAGAAAGUGCGCGGAAUGGUGGCCUGUGCGUGGACUAAUUUGUAAAUAGACGAACGUGCGCUGAAUCUAUCGCACUCUGUCCUCCCUAGUCUACCUGGAUUCAAUGCCAAGACGACCAGACGUAGACGCGGACACACUGGCAGUCGCGGCCCGUCUAAGCCUGCCACACGCAACCCGGUCCCCAGGCUUUCUGUGAGAUCUCAUGUGCCUGAGCGUCUCAUUAGAGCCACACUGAGAAGGAGCCUGACUGUCAGUCCUGAGAAUGGCGGAGUUACCCCGUCAGUUGACAGCUUUCGAACCCCGUGUCUAAACACGUCGUGAUAGAUUUAGGUGUGUCACAUUUAUUCUGACGAUGGAUACUCUGUUUCGCGAUGCACUGUACUCACAACAACGCCAUUUAUCCCUGGCUAACUGUCCAAUUACCGUGGAGUCCUGUGCAACAUAAAAUGAAAGAAGUAGGAGGCCAGCCAGUCUCAAGUGAUCUACACUGGCGUUGGGUGUAACUGGCGAAUGGCGGCCAGAAAUGCCCAUUCCGGUCUCCUUUGUCGUUGUCGGUACCACUUCAUUUGCCUGUACUAUUAGUCGCUGUGCGACUGCCUGUGAGGGUUCUAGUGUAAGCCCCAAGGCACAACGGAAAGACCACGUUCCUUAACUCGAUAGGUAGUCGGCCAUCUGUCAUGUAUAGGCAGAAUUAUAUUACCGACAAAGACAAGGGAGACUGGAAUGACCAUUUCUGGCUGCUGGUUGGGCUCGAGAGAGAGCCCGUAAGGCACAGCGGAACGAGUGAGUUCCAUAAGAACGAUCGGUGAAGCGCCCCUACCAUUAUAUAUGGAGGCGUGGACUUCUAACAAACAGGUCGCGAGUUCGAGGCUCGGGUGUUCCACACUUCGGGCUUGGGUAUGGCUGGCUGACGACGGCUAAUAAGCCAGAAAUGGCCAUUCCAGUCUCCCUUGUCUUUGUCGGUAAUGCCAUUCUGCCUAUGUAUCAUGCGCCACUGUGCGGCUGCUGGUUGGGCUCGAGAGAGAGCCCUUAAGGCACAACGGAACGGGUGAGUUCUGUAUGAACGAUCAGUGAGCGCCCCCCAUCAUUGUAUAUUCCCGAUCGAAAACCGACAAGGCAACGGGCUCGUGGCCCGGUGGAUAGAGGCGUGGACUUCUAAACCAACAGGUCGCGAGUUCGAGGCUCGGGUGUUGCACACUUCGGGCUUGGGUAUGGCUGGCUGACGACGGCUAAUAAGCCAGAAAUGGCCAUUCCAGUCUCCCUUGUCUUUGUCGGUAAUACCAUUCUGCUUAUAUAUAUAUAUAUAUAUAUAUAUAUAUAUAUUACAUGAGCAGCUCGCUAAGAGUGCAACAGGCCAGACGCAGACAACUGUUUCACGGUCGUUACCGAUCAUCAGUACGUCAUAGGCCUUAUGAAGUGAGGUACAUAUAUAUAUAUAUUAUAAUUGUGUGUUCGGUGUGAUCCGUUGUCCCCCAAGGCCUAAAUCUACUUGCCAGUUGACACUAGGCGUUUAGUAGUGCUCGAAUCAUUGUAGGGGGGAUUUGAUCGUCUUUUGUUUACAAUUAAAGUACGUAUUUUUUUUUAAGAAAAAAGUCAUCGGUGUAGGCGGGUCGACUAUCCGCUUACUGGCCGGAGACGUGAAGCAAGACCUGAUGGACAUGUUUCAAGCACCGACAACAGUGAAGCUGACCGCGGAAAUGGCUGGACCAUCGCGCGGUGUCCUAAGGCGACUGCGGAGGACUAACGACGCCUCCACUGUUUUCCCUGACUUUGCCAAACCCGUCGAACCUAAUGCGUGUUCCAGUGCAACCGAAUGA